CUUUUGUCUUUCUUUGUCCCUCCUCCUUUCACUUUGAUUGUUUUGUUAGUAAUAAUAAAAAUAAAAAUAAAAAUAAAAAGAAAACGAUAUUCCUUCCUCUUCUCUUCUCUUGAGAUGAAAAGUCUAUGUAUGUAGUGAAGGAAGAGACAAACGAUCUUUACUCUUUUUCUAUAUUAGCUUCAGUUGAGAGAGUUGAGUCCACAGCAAAGUAGUAGUACAGGUAGAGUGUAACAUAACAGCAUUACAGCAGCUACUAAUGGGGUCGGAGCAAAAUCGAUUUCCUCAGCAUGAAAGGAGAAAAAGAUGGGGAGGAUGUUUGGGUGCAUUUUCUUGUUUUGGUUCACAGAAAGGUGGGAAGCGCAUUGUGCCUGCAUCUCGUAUUCCUGAUAAUAAUGGUUCAGCCAGUCAGCCAAAUGGGCCCCAAGCAACCGGGUUGACCAAUCAAGCCACAGGCAUAGCUCCUUCUCUCUUAGCUCCACCCUCUUCACCAGCAUCCUUCACACAUUCGGCCCUUCCUUCGACUGCACAGUCACCUAGUUGUUUCUUGUCAUUAUCUGCAAACUCACCAGGCGGUCCUUCAUCUACAAUGUAUGCCACUGGACCAUAUGCUCAUGAAACACAACUUGUGUCUCCUCCGGUCUUCUCAAAUUUCACUACGGAACCAUCUACUGCACCUCUCACUCCUCCCCCAGAGUUGGCUCACUUAACAACCCCCUCUUCCCCAGAUGUACCUUUUGCUCAUUUUCUAACUUCUUCAGCAAAUCUCAAAAAUGGUGGGAAGGGUAAUUAUAUCACUGCAAAUGAUCUUCAAACUACAUAUUCGCUCUACCCUGGAAGUCCUGCCAGUAGCCUUAUAUCUCCAAUAUCAAGGAAUUCUGGUGACUGUCUAUCAACAUCUUUCCCUGAGCGGGAGUUUCGCCCACAGUGGGAUUCAUCGAUGUAUCCUGAAAAUGGAAAAUAUCAGAGGACUGGGUCUGGGAGGGUGUCUGGGAAUGAUGCAAAUGAUGCCACUAUGGCUUCCCAAGAUACAAAUUUCUUUUGCCCUGCUACCUAUGCACAGUUUUAUUUAGACCAAAAUCCUCCAUUUCCUCAUAAUGGUGGGAGAUUAAGUGUUUCAAAAGAUUCAGAUGCUCAAUCUACAGGUGGAAAUGGACAUCAGAGUAGGCCUUCUAGAAGUCCUAAGCAAGAUGUGGAAGAAAUAGAAGCUUACCGAGCAUCAUUUGGUUUCAGUGCAGAUGAGAUUAUAACCACCAGUCAAUAUGUAGAGAUUUCUGAUGUGAUGGAUGACUCGUUUACUAUGAUGCCGUUGACCGCUGGCAAAUCAAUGAUGGAAGAAAACAUAGAGCCUUCACUGAUGAAAGGGUUCAAAGCUCAGGAGACGCAGGUGGGUUUGCAGAAUCUAAAAUGUCUUAGAUUAGACCCCAAUCCAGUUGGCAAGCAAGCAAGGAAUCAAGUCCCUAUAUGUGACGGAUAUGAAGAUCAUAAAUCACCAGGACAUUGUAGCAACAGCUCUGGAUUAAGUACACCUGAUAAUCAUACUCGCAUGGAUGAUGAAGAUAUGUUUUCAAAAAUGGGGUCAUCCAGAAUCUGCAGGAAAUAUCAGAUGGGAUUAUCGUGUUCUGAUGCCGAGGUUGACUACAGAAGGGGAAGAAGCUUGCGAGAAAGAAAGGGAGUAUGAUUUGGCAUGACUUAGUUAAUCAGUGUUGAACAGAUUGUCUUUUAUAUGUGUAUUAAUUUGCAGUAUCCUUUUUUAUAUUAAGGAAACUACCAAAAAAAGAAUGAAAGAAAGAAAGGAAAGAAACUCUGUACUUGGAGUUGUCUAAUAGAUGGAAUGAUCUAACCUAGAUGUUAUUGAUCCAUGAAUGUAGUCCCUUGUUUUUUUUCAAGCAGGGUCGAAAUGAAUGUUUUGACUUUUGAGUGGAUGAAGUUUGGCUUUAGCAAUGGCUAGUUUUGACUUUUGAGUGGAUGAAGUUUGGCUUUAGCAAUGGCUAGUGAA